UACAGACACAGGUACAGACACAGGUACAGACACAGUGUCAGCUCAUUGCAACAUCACCAAGGCGUAUUCAGCUAAUGGACGAUACAGGUGUGACCUGUAUCAGGUCCUGCAGAAUGAAACAAAAACACAGCUUCUGAGUACAACCACAAUAAAGACAUUGUCGAGAGACAGCGAGGGCGACAUGAGAGGAGAAUGCUCUAUCACGGCACGAGUUCUGAGGGGAGGAGAGCUUAAGAUGCUAAUCACCCCAGGAGGGGUGGAAAUCAAUUUAAAUAGAAACGACGACCCCAAGGACAUUUCCACCACAUUUCCACAAGGACAUUUCCAUCCAGGGCACAUAGGUCUCCCCACAGACCUCCCUGACAAAGACAGUACGGGGCCUCUAGAGCUGACCACUGACCACGUGACGACCUCAGGUAACAACGAUGGCGGUGCUACAACAACAAGCCCACCUGACGUCGCUGACUGUGCUACCACGUGCACACGUAACGUCGGUGGGUGGUUCGCAGGGGGAGUCUGUUUAGGACUCCUCAUUGCGACAGUGAUCUUCUGCCUGAGAGGAAGGUGGAAGGUACACCCCGAGGUAGCCAACGCUAGACCACAAGGAGAUUCUCAGUGUCCGUAGUUCAACGCUUUGCCUGCUUACCCCGGGUGCUGAAUAAUUGUUCGCAAAGCCACUGCGAGAUGAAGUUGUUGGAUACGCCUUUGACACGCUUUUGCGAAGUGAUGUGUAACUUCAAACGAUCGAACUAUAGUAUUCAGCGAUCGAGGGGUCAAGGUAAAGUUCACGUUUAAAACAAAAGUAAAGGACUGAUGUUGUGAGGUGACAUUUUUAGUAUAGCGAUGCACUAACUGAAACUUAAAAUGUAUCAUACGUUUCUCAUAUAGGCCUAGAUGUAAAACACCCAUUUGCUUAUUCUGUUACCCUCGUAAAUAAAGAUUUAUCAUUUGUCAACAAUAAGGUAAAAAAGUUGUUGUUCCACCCUAGCUUUCGUUCUGUCAGACAUUCUUAAAACCAUAUUGAAACAUGUAGAAUCAAAGCUCAAAGUCCAAAAAUGUUUACUCAGAACCUUCAGAGGGCAUGUAGAACAAACUGUAUUAUACACAAUAAUAAAAUAUGUAAUAAAUGCACAGUAUAUUUCAAGAACUAAAAUACACAGAGAGUAAACGAAGACAAAAUAAUUAUAUAUAAAUGUUCACUAUGUACACAAUAACAACUUUGAUCUUAAUUUUUUUCACCAAAUUUGCUUUGAUGUUGGAAAUUAGAUUAUUCUUAUAAAUUUUGUUAAAACUUCUCUCCGAGUGCUACCAGAUAUUGAAACUUGUAUGAGAUUAGAAUAUUCCAGCAGAAUUCGCAAAAUAAUUUACAUCAUGCUCUUUUCAAAAACAGUCACACUGACACGCUCACAGUCACACCGACACGCUGACAGUCACACUGACACGCUGACAGUCACACCGACACGCUCACAGUCACACCGACACGCUGACAGUCACACUGACAAGCUGACAGUCACACUGGCACGCUCACAGUCACACCGACACGCUGACAG